CGCGGCGGGGCAAAACUGGAAGAACCGGGACUGGGGAAAUGGCCUUCCUGCCCUUCCAUCCCCGGGAACAGCAGUGUACACUGCAGCUUCCGAAGACCAGGCGCAGGGCCCAUUCCCACUCAAUUCGGACCCGGGGCGGCGCUGAGCCUCGGAUUUAGGAGAGGGGUCUGGGGCGUUGUUGCGGCGCGGCCGCGAGGCGGCGCUGGUCUCGCGGGUCUCCGGAGGGGGCGCCCGAUCCCGCGUCUUCCGCGCCGCUUCCCGGGAAGUUUCAAGUUUGAAAGUGCUGGCGGAGGAGCCGGGGCUUCCGGAACCGGAGUGGACGAGAGGAGGGGCCCGAGCGGCCGGAGCGGCGACAUGGAGGAGGGGGCCCUGCGGCAGCCUGGGCCAGGCCAGAGGCCCCCAGAGGAUGAGAAGGAGGUGAUCCGUAGGGCCAUCCAAAAGGAGCUGAAAAUCAAGGAGGGUAUGGAGAAUCUGAGGCGUGUGGCCACAGACCGCCGCCAUCUGGGCCACGUGCAGCAGCUGCUGCGAUCCUCCAACCGCCGUCUGGAGCAGCUGCAUGGCCAGCUGCAGGAGCUGCAUGCCCGUGUCCUGCUGCCCAGCCCAGCUGAGCCUGUGGCCUCUGGCCCCCGGCUGCAGGCAGAGCAGUCACGGGCUGGGCACCUGGAGGCUCUGCGGAGGCAGCUGCAGGUGGAACUGAAGGUGAAACAGGGGGCUGAGAACAUGACACAUACGUGUGCCAGUGGCACCCCCAAGGAGAGGAAACUCCUGGCAGCCGCCCAGCAGAUGCUGCAGGAUAGCCAGCUGAAGGUGGCCCUGCUGCGGAUGAAGAUCAGCAGCCUGGAGGCCAGCGCGUCCCCUGAGCCAGGUGAGGCCCUGCAAAGCAGGAAGGGCCACACCGUCUGGGGCAGAGCUGAGGCCAACAUCCCCCCAGGCCCUGCGCUGCGGGCAGAGGAGCUGCAGCACCGGCUGCGCAUCGAGGUGGCCGUGGCCGAGGGGGCCAAGAACGUGGUGAAGCUGCUCGGAGGCCGCAGGGUUCAGGACCGCAAGGCACUGGCUGAGGCCCAGCUCCAGCUCCAGGAAUCCUCCCAGAAGUUGGACCUCCUGCGGCUGGCCUUGGAGCAGCUGCUGGAGGAACUACCUCCUGCCCACCCUCUGCGCAGCAGGGUGGCCCAGGAGCUGCGGACAGCGGUGCUCGGGAGCAGCCAGCCUUCAGGAAUGCUUGUGAAGCCCAUCGCCCUGACAGGAACACUGCAGGUCCGCCUCCUGGGCUGUGAGCAGCUGCUGACCACUGUGCCUGGGCGUUCUCCAGUGGCUGUGCUGGCUGGCAGCCCCUCUGAGGGCUGGAUUCGAGCCAGGGCCAGGCAGCAGCGUGGUGGAGGCGAGCUGGCCAGGGAGGUGCUGGCUGUGCUGAAGGUGGACAACCGUGUUGUGGGCCAGACAGGCUGGGGACAGGUGGCCGAGCACUCCUGGGACCAGACCUUUGUCAUCCCCCUGGAGCGAGCCCGUGAGCUGGAGAUUGGGGUGCAUUGGCGAGACUGGCGGCAGCUGUGUGGUGUGGCCUUCCUGAGGCUGGAGGACUUCCUGGACAAUGCCUGUCACCAGCUCGCCCUCAACCUGGUGCCACGGGGGCAGCUCUUUGCCCAGGUGACCUUCUGUGAUCCUGUCAUUGAGAGAAGGCCCCGCCUGCAGAGACAGAAACGCAUUUUCUCUAAACGCAGAGGCCAGGACUUCCUGCGAGCAUCCCAGAUGAAUCUCAGCAUGGCAGCCUGGGGGCGCUUGGUCAUGAGCCUGCUGCCCCCCUGUAGCUCACCAAGCACCAUCUCCCCACCUAAGGGGUGCCCUCAGACUCCAGCCACACCCCGUGGGACCUCCAACCCUGCUUCCCCCAGCAGUUUCCUGCCCAAGAAGACCUCCUUAGCAGAAGAGAUGAAGCCCCCGCCCAAGCCUCCACGCCUCUACCUUGCCCGGGAGCCAAACCUGGAGGAGACUCCAGUGCCGUGCACCAAACGCCCCCACAUGGAGCCUAGGACUGGACUGGCACCCACCCCACCAGCCUCACCUGUCAGGAAAGCCCCCCGGCUUCAGGACUUCCGCUGCUUGGCUGUGCUGGGCCGGGGACACUUUGGGAAGGUUCUCUUGGUCCAGUUCAAGGGGACAGGGAAAUACUAUGCCAUUAAGGCUCUGAAGAAGCAAGAGGUGCUGAGCCGGGAUGAAAUCGACAGCCUGUACUGUGAGAAGCGGAUUCUGGAGGCCGUGGGCCGCACAGGGCACCCCUUCCUGCUCUCCCUCGUGGCCUGCUUCCAGACUUCCAGCCACGUCUGCUUUGUGACUGAGUUUGUACCUGGGGGAGACCUCAUGAUGCAGAUCCACGAGGAUGUCUUCCCUGAGCCCCAGGCCUGCUUCUACUUGGCCUGUGUGGUCCUGGGGCUGCAGUUCUUACAUGAGAAGAAGAUCAUUUACAGGGACCUGAAGCUGGAUAAUCUUCUGCUUGAUGCCCAGGGCUUCCUGAAGAUCGCAGACUUUGGAUUAUGCAAGGAAGGGAUUGGCUUUGGGGACCGGACAAGCACCUUCUGUGGCACCCCAGAGUUCCUGGCUCCCGAGGUGCUGACUCAGGAGUCCUACACUCGGGCUGUGGACUGGUGGGGGCUGGGCGUGCUGCUUUAUGAGAUGCUGGUGGGAGAGUGCCCAUUCCCAGGGGACACAGAAGAGGAGGUGUUCGACUGCAUCGUCAACGCAGAUGCCCCAUACCCCCACUUUCUGUCUGCGCAAAGUCUUGAGCUCAUUCAGCAGCUCCUCCAGAAGUGCCCAGAGCAGCGCCUGGGGGCAGGCAAGCAGGACGCUGAGGAGAUCAAGAUCCAGCCGUUCUUCAGGACUACUGACUGGCAGGCCCUGCUCACUCGCACAGCCCGGCCCCCCUUUGUGCCCACCCUAUGUGGCCCAGCGGACCUGCGCUACUUCGAGGGCGAGUUCACCGGGCUGCCGCCGGCUCUGACCCCACCUGCCCCUCGAAGGUCCCUCACCACCUGCCAACAGGCUGUCUUCCAGGACUUUGACUUCGUGUCUGAGACAUUCCUGGGGCCCUGAGGCUCCCCUGUACCUCUACCUGUCGCCCCUAGGCUAUUAGAAUCCCCACUUGCCCAUCUGUGUGCCCACCCAGAGGCCUAGGUUUAUAAGCCUGUGGCUCAAGGAGGCAGCCAAGGGCUGCUGUCGUGGAUUUGCUCACUGAGCAAAGUGUGUCCCCUGCACUUCCUCCCACCUCUCUUCUUCCUGGCCAGACCUGGACCAGAAAGGGUACACAGUAAGGAGUGGCUUGAUUUGUCUUUUUAAUAUUUGACUUGCUUUAUGGAUUAUUAAAUUUGAAAAAUUGUGCUCUG